AUGACAAACAACGAUGGUCCUGGCGAUGGUUUCGCCAGGGACUUGGAGCGCGGUCGCGACGAGAAUGCCCCUCGCCUGUCCAACGUCUCCGCCGGUGACGGCAUCGGCUCCGCUCUCUCGUCGACCAACUCGUCCAUCAUGGGCGACGAUAUCCAAGGCGACCUCGGCGAGGAAUGGGGUCCUCGUCAUCCCUGCUACCCUCAUCUAAACCCACACGUGCCCGUCGACUCGGUCGAAUACGCCACGACGAGAAUCAUCCGGGUGCGCCGCGACUGGCUCCUUCACGGCGACCUGGCGCCGGCCUUUUCGAACCUCUACCCCGAGAUUCUAGACCCUGCCGGCAUCUCGGAGCCGGAGUUUCGAAAGGUCAUUGGCAAGCUCAACGCCGAGCUGGGCGAGACGUUCAAUCCCUAUGCCGGGCGCAACGUCGUGGACAGUGUCAUGGGAGCCGUCACCGGCUGGCUGUGGGACGACCUUGGCUUGACGGCGUCCAAGAGGAGGCUGGCGGCCCUGGAGGAUUGGAUGGAGAAGUGGAACACGGAGAUGCAAAAGUCAAUGUCUACCGACGAUAGCGGACUCGUUGCGCCAAAGAUGAUCCCCCUCCGACAAACAGGAUACAUGACUCUCGACAUCCAAAUACCGGAUCCCGAAAUUGCGCCAGCUCCUAGUACGGCCGGUGCAAACGAAUCCAGGACAGCGUUGACGAUGGAGCCGGCGCCGGCCGCUGCCAUGCCCGUGUAG